AACCUACUAUCGCCAUGUCUGGCUGGGGCCUCGGCUGGUUUGGCGGCGGCCAAGCCAAGAAGGAGGCGCCAAAGAAGGCUAUCCUUCAACUGCGCGGCCAGCUCGAGAUGUUGAACAAGCGCGAGAAGCACCUGCAAAACCAGAUGGACGAGCAAGACGCGCUUGCACGGAAACAUGUUUCUUCGAACAAAGCCGCGGCAAAGGCAGCACUACGACGAAAGAAGCAGUUCGAGCACUCCCUCGAACAGACAUCCUCACAGAUCAUGACGCUCGAGCGCGAGAUAUAUUCCAUCGAGACGGCGAAUAUAAACAAGGAGACACUGGACGCGAUGAAGAACGCCGGCACGGCUAUGAAGCAGAUACACGCCGGUCUGACGAUCGACAAGGUCGACGAUGUAAUGGAAGGCCUCCGCGAACAGCACGCCAUCGGUGAAGAAAUCAGCGAAGCAAUAACCUCGGGCGUAACAACCAGCGGUAUCGACGAAGACGAGCUAGACGAGGAGCUCGCCGAACUGCAACAAGAGAAGCUGGAUGAGGACAUGCUGAAGACCGGCAACGUCCCUGUAGGCGACAAGGUGGCGGUAGGAAGACUACCGGCGGCGCCAGCGACAGAGGUCAGGGGCAAGGCGCAGAGAGUGGAGGAAGACGACGAAGAGGAGGAGCUGAGGAAGCUGCAGGCUGAGAUGGCUAUGUGAGCGCAGUGAGGGUGCCUGCUGCGAGCAUACUUACCACACGUCACAACUGCGGGAGACGGACGACCUGGCUGCCCGAUAGCCAUUUGAAAUAUGAGAGAUAGAGGCUUUUUGCGCUACAAGGGCGGAAGACACGUGCGGCCUAUGGCGAUUUCACGGGAGCUUGUGUUGACUUGGUCUUUCCCUACCGCUUGGAUUUCCUCAAGGCUGUGUGCCUGCACUAUCUACAAGCCGGCUAUGUGUUGGCAUUGCGAGCUGUGCGAAACGAUAUACCUCGCAAAUUAAGAGACGAUUAAGAUACUUCAAAGUCCAUAAUUGAGUCCCGAUUCUCAUUCAUACAUCACUCACAGUUCUCGAAGUGCGCAGAAUAAGAGUUUGAUGCAUGUAUAUCUUUGAAAUCAAUGAA